AGUCCAAACGGAGCACAAAUCCAGAGGGGGAUAAAAAAAAAAGAAAAAAAAAGAGGAAGGGCAAGACUCUACUAGUGGUAUAUAGAGACCAGUAGAGAUUAGCCCAAAAGCUUUGCAAAAGAGAAAAAAAAAAUUGGCAUUUUGGUGUGCACAUUAAUUCAUCAAAUAAAUCCCUUUCAAGGUUUCCAAGCAUUUAUACUCUCUUUGUGAUUGUGCAAUAAUUCCUCAAGAUCUGCAAUUCAAAGGCAGAGGCUUUUUUAUUUAUUUAUUGGGUCACAGCUUUAAAAACAGAAGAAGAUUGUUCUGUUUCUGUUUUGGUUGUGUUGUUUGUGUGUAGAGAGAGAGAACUAGAGAAGAACACAAAUGGAGGUGGGGCAGAUGCAAAGACAGUGGCUUGACUACACAAAAUCUUUGUUCUUGGAGGGAUUUCUGGAUGGUCAGUUUCUACAGCUUCAGCAGCUCCAAGAUGAGAGCAACCCAGAUUUUGUUGUGGAAGUGGUUUCUCUCUUCUUUGAAGAUUCUGAAAAGCUUCUCAAUGAUCUCACUUCAGCUCUAGGUCAGCAAAGUGUUGACUUCAAAAGAGUUGAUGCCCAUGUUCACCAGUUGAAAGGUAGCAGCUCCAGCAUAGGUGCACAGAGAGUUAAAAAUGCCUGCAUUGCUUUGCGCAACUACUGUGAGGAGCAGAAUAUUGAAGGGUGCAUUGGAUGUCUUCAACAAGUAAAACAUGAGUACAACAUGGUGAAGAAUAAGCUUGAAAAUCUAUUCCGGCUGGAGCAACAAAUUGUGGCAGCUGGUGGGUCAAUCCCAAUGACUGAAUUAGGAUUCUAAAAGGGCUUCAAAAAAUUCAGACAAAAAAAGUUUGGGUUUGUUGUAGAGAAAAUGUUACAAGUAUUUCAGACACUUUAACUUGUCUUGUAUUAGUGUUCCUCUUUUUCAACUGAUGAACUUGUGCUUUGUAUGAAUUCCCUGAGAAGGAGUUCCCUUUUUUUUUUU